CUCUCUAAAGUCUAACAAUCUGAAACCCAGCUUCUUUAUUUUAUCUCUCUUCUUCUUCCGCUCUCCUCAAUCACAAAAAACACCAUUAAACCUUUCAUCUAUUUCUUACUUGUUAUUUUACCCGCCAAUAAGGUACUUGAACAUUUUUCUCCUUCUUUCUCUUUGUUUUCGUCUUAUCAUGGAUAAAGAUUUUCAGAUUCCCGACGAUCUCGGUGGAGAAAAAACUGCGAUUGAGAAAUCGUCUGGUAUGGAGGUUGCAGCAAUGGAGGUUGAUAAUGACGGUGAAAUUUCGGUGAAGAAACGGAAGACGGAGGAUAAUGGUGAAGAAGUAGAGCUGAAGAAAGUUGCGGAGAUUGUUUUGGUUUUGUCUGCUAUGGGAAGGAUGAGAGGUGGUAAAGAACCGACGGUUUUGGAGAAAACGAUGAUGGCAGAAGCUAAGGAAAAAGUUGUUGCUUUGUGUGAAGAAUUGGCUCCGAAAGAUAUUGUUCCUAUGGAAGCAUUUGGUGCUAUUAUGGAAGAUUUAGGGCUCAAUCGUUUGAAGGAUCGGUUAGGGUUUCGUCCUGCUAAACAAUCUAUUUCUGAACGGAUUGCUUUGGCUAAACGCAGGAUGGAAGAAUCAAAGGUGUUUGCUGCUCAGCCUGCUUCAUAUCCAUCUCAGAGAGUACAAACUGCGAGUGCUGCUGCUAAUGAGAAUCGUGGGUUACCUUCUAAUGUCCAUGUGUUCUCAUCUGAUAAGGUGAGUCAUGUGCCUGUAUCAGCGGGAACUUUUCAUCCUCCUACUUCUGCAGUUAAUGUCUCUUCAGCAGCCUCUACCCCUGUUCGAUUUCACCCUCCUGGCACUGAAGUCCGCCAACAAGUUAGCUCUUCAGCUAUGCUGAAUAAUAUAGGAAAGGAUUUCACCUCUGGGGUACCUACCAUACUUGAUAGGUCUCAUAACGGGUCGUCUUUGCCUAAUGUUCCAGUGAGUUCUUCUGCACAUCAACGGCUUCAAUCUUCAAUGCAUGUUGGAACAAAAAAUACAGUAUCAAAUCAAUUACCUGUGAGAAUUGACAGUAAUGUUAGUAGAAGCUCUCCGCAUCCAACAGCACAGGCAGUUAUUGCUCAAACGCAGCAGACAGUUGCUCAAACUUCAAGGCCUGUUGCCAAUCAGACGGCUGGUGGUACUCCACCUACUGUGCAUAAUCAAGGCAGUCAUUUUGUUCGUGCUUCUCCACCUGUUAAUCACCAUGUUGAUAUAUCUAGAUUAGUACAGAAGCUUCUGACUCCAAAGCUUCCUCAGCGUUCUGUGUGGACUGCUCCUUCAAGGGAAUAUAUGAAUAGACCACUAGGAUGUCAGUUCUGCAAGCAGGCUGUCAGUGAUGUGGAAAACAUGGUUGUUUGUGAUGCCUGUGAGAAGGGCUAUCAUUUGGGGUGUCUUCAGUCAUACAAUGCAAAAAGCUUUCCUAGAGGUGAGUGGCAUUGUCCUAGGUGCCUGUCAAUGAGCCAUGGAAAACCAUUUCCUCCCAAGUAUGGCCGUGUUACAAGAAAUAUGAAUGUCCCGAAAGCUGCUUCCUCCAUGAUUGGAGUUCAGAUGCCUUCAGAAAAGAAGGUGGUGGCUGUGGUAGGCAAGUUAAAUGAACCAAAUGCAACAAUAAACAAAAGCCAAACUUCUAAUAUACACCCUCCGUUGAAUCAUCCAAAUGCAACAACGAACGGAAGCCAAGAUUCUAAAGUACACCCCCAGGCUAUUAAAAAUAAUGAACCAUCAUCUGAGUCAAUUCUAGGACACCAAAAUGAGAUUGUUAGAAAUGACAUAUCCAUCAGCGUAAAGGAUGAUGAAACUAAGCUGGAACAUUCCCUAAACAACACCACAGGAGCUGCAGUGGAGGCCUCUUUAUCAGUUUCUGCUAGUGAUAAUCCUCUUCAGCAGACAAAAGCUGAAAUACCUUCUGAAGACAGAUUGAUGUCUGAGACAGAGCCCAGAACUUCAGUUAUAUCUCAAGAAAAUUUUAAACCUGAUGACUUGCACUCGUCGAGCAAUCAAGAUGAUGUUGAAGAGAAGGUGUUGGAUGGUGUUGCAAUUCCAGUACAACACAUCGAGAACAAUGGAGUUACUGAUACUCGUCCAUCCAAUGAUGAAAAUCAUGAUGUGAAAAGUCUGGUUGAUAUAGAAAGAGUUAAUCACCAGGCUAAAGAUCUUGCUGAGGCUUCAGAGAGUGGCUUGCAUGAUGUUUACUGGCUUGGCGAUGAAGAUAGAAUUGUGGACAAAAGGAAGUUCUUUCGGUCUUGUCGCAUCAAUGGCAUGGUAUACCAAGUGCAGGAUUAUGCCCUUUUUCGUUCUGAAAAAGGAAAACUGACACCUUUGAAACUCCAGGGCAUGUGGGAGGAUAGUCAAAAUAACCUGAAAUGGCUUGUUGUUCACAAAUGCUAUUUUCCUGAUGACUUGCCGGAGGAGGUUGGCCGCCCUGGUGCUCCGCAAAGCAAUGAGGUAUAUGAGUCUACUCAUGAUAGCAACGUGUUGGCGGGUUUAGUUCAAGGCCCGUGUGAAGUGCUUCCUUUCAGAAAAUUUGGGGAGGAAGCUGAGACAAAUGAUAAAAUCUCUUCAACGGAAGACGGGAGCCUGCCAAUUUUUAUACGCAAUUGGUUCUAUGAUGAGACCAGACAAGCUUUCUGCCCCAGCGCUAGCUGAUCUUGUCUGUGGAUUAAUGUGGUAGUUGAUGGUGCUUCUAAACCCUUUUGUGGCACAUAGACAACAUUUCUUCAGGGUUUCUUACUCCAUGUAAUAUUAUCGCAGACAGAACUCAGUCUGAAGGUAGUCUCUUUCCGUUUGCACAAUAUGUAGAUUAAUUCGUAUUGCCUUGUACCACAUUUUCUUUCAUAGGCUUCUGCAUUACAAUUUGUAUCAGGUUUGCCCUUAAUUUUUGGGAUGCCUUAGCAUUUAGUGAAAAAUAAAUAUUAAAAGCCUCUUAAUUUUUUGUUUCAGCUGUUCUAGAUCAAAUUUAACACAUCAAAUUCAGAUGUAUAUUAACAUUUUUUUAUUUUAUCUCAUACCAAUCUGCUGUUUUUUCUA